AUGACCUUCGAAGAAGUUGAACCAAAGAAGGAAAAGAUUUGUCAGCCACUGUCAUCGUUUUCUUCACUUCCAGAUGAAAUCACAGAAAACAUUCUUGCCCGUGUUUCGAGGUGGAACUAUCCUCCGCUUUCUCUCGUCUCAAAGAGCUUCCGCUCUCUCUUAUCUUCCUUGGAAAUCUAUAAGACGCGAUCUCAAAUCGGAACCGAAGAAACAUGCGUAUAUGUCUGCCUACAGUUACACAAUCAACCACAUCCGAGCUGGUUUAGUGUUUGGGCUAAACCUAAUAAUCAAACCCUAACCAAACAGAGAGGAAAGAUUAGGUUUAAGAAGGAUCCAACUGGAAACUCGGUUGUUCCGACACGUAUACAUUCUCCUCGCAUAACAAGUCGGUCCACCGUAACGGUUGAUCCUGAAAUCUACUUAAUCGGUGGACCCCGCGAGGAGCCUUCUUCCUCUGUUUGGAUCCUUGAUUGUCGGAGUCAUACUUGGCGUAACGGCCCUAACAUGACCGUGGCACGGCCGGGAGGAUCCAUGCGUAUUUACUGA